AUGUAAAGCCAAUCAUAAUUUUAUGUAGAUGAGCUAAAGUCAUAUUUCUAGCAAUAAGAUAAAUAAGAUAUCAAAUUUGAAGAAACUAUGCAGAUAUUAAAAUUAGAUAGUGAAAGUUCGAUUAAUAAUUACAUAAGUAAUUCUUAAAAUAGAUGUUAAUCAAAUACCAAUGAAAUUAAUUUGAAAAAAAAGACAAUCGUGUUCAAUAAGUAAUUUAAAAGAUUUAAAGAAACAUAAAGUCAGCUUUUAAUACAAAAAAAAUAUACUUUUGAAAAAGAUUUGAGAUUGUCAUAAGGAUUAUUGAUUUCUACUGAAGGAAUAAUCAGGACUGAUUAUAGUAUUGUUUAGUUAAGUUUUGGUUAUUUAUAUAAUGCAUCAAUUGUCAAAUUCUUAAAGAAAUAAUAUAUUGUAGAAGUUUAAUAUGAUUAAAUCCAACAAAAUCAUGAAAUUUCACUUAAAGAUGCUUACAAUUACUUAUGUAAAACCCCUUGUCAGUAAAUAUAAUCGUCUUAUUAUGCCAUAUAAAGUGUUUAUGAGUAGAAAAGAAAGUUAAGGACUGAAUUAGACUCAAUAAAAAUUACAUAGGAUUUGAUUUAGUUGUAUAAUUAAUAGCUAUAUUUGUUUAUGCAAAAAUGCGAUGCUUAUAUUGAGCAAUAUAACCAGUAAAACGAUGGAGCAAUCUUUUAAUAUUUUAUAAGAAAAAUAAAUCUAAGCACAAAAACAGAAGAAAUAGCCAAAGUUGGCUAUUCGAAGUCUUUUUUAGAUCUCAUAGGAGCAUCUGUCGAUAAAUUUUGCUCUAUGCUUUUAAUUAAUUAACAACAUUAGAUGGCUUUCGCUUAAAUUUCAGCUAUUCUAUGGAGCAUGUUGAUUUAAGGGAAAAGUUUCAAUUAAAAUCAUAAUUACCUUUUAGAUAAACUAUUACAAUAGCUAAAAUUCAAAUCGAUAUCUAAGAAAUACAAAAUUUAGUUAGUUUUAGGUUUUAAAACAUGA